CUAAAAGGGAACAAACCCUCACUCACUAGCCUUUUUUGCCCCCUCAGCUAAGUCUAGGCCGUCGGUACCUUUGCCGCAGCUUUAAGUGGGUUCUGAAGCCUCAGAGCCUUCAUCGCGAUAACUCACGGGAUUAGGCGCUGGAGGAGGAGACGAAGUGCGGCGGCUGACAAAUGACAGCUCUCAGGUAGCCGCGGCCUUGCCUGUAGGUCUUAACGCGCGCCUCUGGCCCCAGUGCGCGUGCGCGCACGUGGCUCCGCCCCUUUGCUCGGGACCGUGUUCCCCAUGCUGCCCGCACGCCUAACUGGUAGGCUUCUGUGCGGCUUCCUGCGGGGAUCCGCACCGAAGGUAGCGCGCCAUGGCCUCCGGGAGCCGCUCCUCGAGAGGACAUGCGCGGCUCCCUUCUCUUGCCGGCACUCAUCGGGCCUGGGACGUGGGCUUCCUCGUGACCCGACAGGGACUGGGGGUUACGAAGGAAGGGCUGACAUGGAGGAGCAUUUUCUGUUCCCCGAGUACGUCCCGGAGCCGGAGCCCGCACCGACCCCCGAAAAGCAGCUGCAAGAGCUGCAGCAGCGGCAGGAGGAGGAAGAGCGACAGAAGCAGCAGCGGCGGGAGGAGCGGUGGCAGCAGAAACUACGGGCCAGCCGCCGGGGGCACCCGGUCGUGGGGCACCCGGACCCGACGGUGCCGCCCAGCGGCCUGAACUGCUCGGGCUGCGGGGCGGAGCUGCACUGCCAGGACCCCGGCGUGCCCGGCUACCUGCCCAGCGAGAAGUUCCUCAGCGCGGCGGCGCAGGCCGACGGCGGGCUGGCGCGGACCGUGUGCCAGCGCUGCUGGCUGCUGGUGCACCACCGGCGCGCCCUGCGCCUGCAGGUGAGCCGCGAGCAGUACCUGGCGCUGGUGAGCGCCGCGCUGCGGCGGCCCGGGCCCGCCCUGGUGCUCUACAUGGUGGACCUGCUCGAUCUGCCCGACGCCCUGCUGCCCGACCUGCCUGCGCUGGUGGGCCCCAAGCAGCUGAUCGUUCUGGGGAACAAGGUAGACCUGCUGCCCCAGGACGCUCCCGGCUACCGGCAGCGGCUCCGGCAGCGGCUGUGGGACGACUGUGCCCGCGCAGGGCUCCUGCCGCUCCCUGGCCACCGAGGGCCACAAGACGAGGAGAAUUCGAACCCUUCGGCCAGGUGCCGCACGGUGCUCAGGGAUGUGCGGCUCAUCAGCGCCAAGACUGGCUAUGGAGUUGAAGAGUUGAUCUCCGCGCUUCAGCGCUCCUGGCGCUACCGUGGUGACGUCUACCUGGUUGGCGCCACCAACGCUGGCAAGUCCACUCUCUUCAACACGCUCCUGGAGUCCGAUUACUGCAUCGCCAAGGGCGCUGAGGCUAUCGACAGAGCCACCAUCUCCCCUUGGCCUGGUACUACGUUAAACCUUCUGAAGUUUCCUAUUUGCAAUCCAACUCCUUACAGAAUGUUUAAAAGGCAAAAAAGGCUUAAAAAAGAUGCAGCUGAAGCUGAAGAAGAUCUUAGUCAGCAAGAACAAAAUCAACUUAAUCUCUUGAAAAAGCAUGGCUAUGUAGUAGGAAGAGUUGGAAGAACAUUCUUGUAUUCAGAAGAACGGAAGGAUGAAGCUCCCUUUGAGUUUGAUGCUGAUUCACUUGCCUUUGACAUGGGAAAUGAACCUGUUGUGGCAGAUAAAUCCACCAAACGAGUACAGUUGACCCCAGAAGAUGUGAAAGAUGCCCACUGGUUUCAUGACACCCCUGGAAUUACAAAAGAAAAUUGUAUUUUAAAUCUUCUAACGGAAAAAGAAGUAAAUAUUGUUUUGCCAACACAUUCCAUUGUUCCAAGAACUUUUGUGCUUAAACCAGGAAUGGUUCUAUUUUUGGGUGCUUUAGGCCGCAUAGAUUUUCUGCAGGGAUAUCAGUCAGCUUGGUUUACAGUUGUGGCUUCCAACUUCCUUCCUGUGCACAUUACUUCCUUAGACAAGGCAGAUGCUGUGUAUCAGAAGCACGCGGGUCAUACGUUACUCAAGGUUCCAAUGGGUGGAGAAGAACGAAUGGCAGGAUUUCCUCCUCUUGUUGCUGAAGACAUUACGUUAGAAGAAGGACUUGGGGAAACUGAGGCAGUGGCUGACAUCAAGUUUUCCUCUGCAGGUUGGGUUGCGGUAACGCCUCAUUUUAAGGACAGACUGCGUCUCCGAGGCUAUACACCUCAAGGAACAGUUCUGACGGUCCGGCCUCCUCUCUUGCCACAUAUCGUUAACAUCAAAGGAGAGCGUCUCAAGAGAAGUGUGGCCUAUAAAAUCAAGAAGCCGCCUUCCCUUGUGUACAAUCUGCAGAAGAAGAAACAACAGAUAAAUAUAUGAAACUGACCUUGUUCAGGUCAAAUGCUAACUAUAUUAAACAUAACUGCAUACAUUGAAUUGUAUUAAAUAGAGCUAUAAUAAAGCCCCCUUGCUU